AUGGCAGAAAUAUCAGCGGACGCAAGCCGCUCUGAAAUUAGAGAAAGUCCCCGAAACACUAUCUGUUUUUUCGUAUUUGGAAUACUUUCAUUGUUCUACGAUACAUUAACCAUCACGGCGGCCGAAGAUGUCUUAUCUGGAAGUGAAAUCCCCACUGCUGCUGUCAGCAUUGCCAUGGCUGCAUCGGUUCUUGGUUUAAAAAUCACCGCUCCAUGGUUCCUUCAAAAGUUUUCUUACAUGCUGAAGAUCUGCCUGUCGGUGCUGCUUCUUUUUGUAGGAUUAAUCGUAUUUGUAUCAGCUCCUAAUGUUCACUCAAGGUUGCUCGGUAUAAUGGUUAUGGAAUCGGGAAUUAGCUUAGGUGAGAUAACUUUCCUCGCCAUGACUGCCUCCUAUCAAGAAGUCACCGUAAUUGCACUCGUGGCUGGAAUCGGUGUGGCCUACCUACUGGGACCCUUUUAUUACGCGGGCCUAACAACGUGGCUGUGCAUUGCAUCAAGAACGACAAUUUCAACAACAAUCCCUUGGCUGCUUCUCAUCUUAAUCACCUACUACAUCUUAGAGAAGAAAGAAAUCGAUUCAAUUACGAAAGAAGACGCUGGAGUCGAGUACAAACAGCUGCCCUCAAGCGAAAAAACCUCCUUGGAUGAAGCACCUACCUCGCCUGAACAUGGCUUAUCCUGGAAAGAGAAAUUUUCUGUCGCAAGGCAGAUUUUGCCGUAUGUCAAUUUCUCAUUUCUCACCUAUUUUGCAGCGUACCUCUCAACCCAGUCUAUCAUUACGACCCUUACCUUUUCAAACUCCUCUUUCACUCCAAGAGACCAUUACCAGUACUACAUUAUAUGCUAUCAAGUUGGAGAGUUUUUAGGAAGGUCCCAUAUCUUCCUGCUCUCUUGUACCUGCUCAAAAGUGGUCCCCUAUGUGCGAGUCGAGGAAACUUGGAUUUUUGCUGUGGUAGAGAUAGCACAUCUCAUGUUUUUCAUUUUUGCUACAUGGUUUCGUUUCGUGCCGCAUGUUUCUAUCGUACUAAUUUUCUGUGCAACAGGUGGAUUUGUGGCUGGAUCAAUGUAUGUUAAUUCGGCCCACACCGUCUUUAAGGUCUUCCCAGAUCCGAAACAGAGAGAAUUUGCAUUGGGCUUACUAACCAUUGGAAACGAUGUGGGACAGUUAACAGCUGGGUUCGUGGGACUUCAUGUGGAACCGCAGCUGAAGAUUCAUUGCGUUUAUGACCUGGAGUUAGAUGAUAAUUGUAUUACUAGACAUCGCACUGAAGCAGGCUGGGCGACAAAUAUGCAAUGUAGUUCGACUGCAUUGUAG